GUGGCUGCUGUCACCUGUCAAUCGAGUAUCGACAAUAUGAAAUUGCCUAUUGCCUAAAAAAUAAAAGUAAUUCAAAAUUGUAAUUUGUUAAAUUUUACGUUCAAUAGUAGGGUAUUCCUAAAAAAAUGGCUUCAGCCAUGGAUGUUGACGAUGAAGAAGUAGAAAUGGCUUCUUCCAGCAGCGGUAAAGGUGAUAAAAAAAGAUUUGAAGUCAAAAAGUGGAAUGCUGUAGCGUUAUGGGCAUGGGAUAUUGUGGUAGACAACUGUGCAAUCUGUCGUAACCACAUAAUGGACCUAUGUAUAGAAUGUCAAGCCAACCAGGCAUCAGCAACCAGUGAAGAAUGCACAGUAGCAUGGGGAGUAUGUAAUCAUGCAUUCCACUUCCAUUGCAUUUCCCGCUGGCUCAAAACUCGGCAAGUGUGUCCACUAGAUAACAGAGAGUGGGAAUUUCAAAAAUACGGACAUUAGAACUGCAUUAGUACAGCUGAAGCUGUUUGCUACAGGCAUCCCUUUUUGUGAAUCUAAGGAGAAUUAAUUGUCAUACAGCAUAAGUUUUAAUAAUAAAUUUACUCUGAAUAA